GUUAACGUGUCCGGCGAGCGAGGCGCGUCGCAAAAGGUCGCGGCGGAACGUCCCUGCGCUUUUCAGACCAUACGCUUUACGGUACUAGGGAUUGCUGAGCUGGGAGAUGUCGGCGUCGGGUUGGGAGGAACCGUGGGGUCCUCCUGGCGGCUUUGCGAAGCGGGUCCUGGUGACCGGCGGUGCUGGUUUCAUUGCAUCACAUAUGAUUGUCUCUUUAGUGGAAGAUUAUCCAAACUAUAUGAUCAUAAAUCUAGACAAGCUGGAUUACUGUGCAAGCUUGAAGAAUCUUGAAACCAUUUCUAACAAACAGAACUACAAAUUUAUACAGGGUGACAUAUGUGAUUCUCACUUUGUGAAACUGCUUUUUGAAACAGAGAAAAUAGAUAUAGUACUACAUUUUGCCGCGCAAACACAUGUAGAUCUUUCAUUCGUACGUGCCUUUGAGUUUACCUAUGUUAAUGUUUAUGGCACUCACGUUUUGGUAAGCGCUGCUCAUGAAGCCAGAGUGGAGAAGUUUAUUUAUGUCAGCACAGAUGAAGUAUAUGGUGGCAGUCUUGAUAAGGAAUUUGAUGAAUCUUCACCCAAACAACCUACAAAUCCUUAUGCAUCAUCUAAAGCAGCUGCUGAAUGUUUUGUACAGUCUUACUGGGAACGAUAUAAGUUUCCAGUUGUUAUCACAAGAAGCAGUAAUGUUUAUGGACCACAUCAAUAUCCAGAAAAGGUUAUUCCCAAAUUUAUAUCUUUGCUACAGCACAACAGGAAAUGUUGCAUUCAUGGGUCAGGGCUUCAAACAAGAAACUUCCUUUAUGCUACUGAUGUUGUAGAAGCAUUUCUCACUGUCCUCAAAAAAGGGAAACCAGGUGAAAUUUAUAACAUCGGAACCAAUUUUGAAAUGUCAGUUGUCCAGCUUGCCAAAGAACUAAUACAACUGAUCAAAGAGACCAAUUCAGAGUCUGAAAUGGAAAAUUGGGUUGAUUAUGUUAAUGAUAGACCUACCAAUGACAUGAGAUACCCAAUGAAGUCAGAAAAAAUACAUGGCUUAGGAUGGAGACCUAAAGUGCCUUGGAAAGAAGGAAUAAAGAAAACAAGAAGUGGAAGCCCCCUUGUGUUAUCUCUACUUAAGUCGAUUUUGAAGAGCAAAAGAAGCAAUUCUAGUUCUUCAUCUUUUUCCCUUGGCUCCAAACGACAGGCAUAUCUCAUUUUAUUGUGCUUCACGUUAUUGUGCUUCGCAGAUGGAGUUUCGUUCUGUCACCCAGGCUGGAGUGCAGUGGCACGAUCGCCUUCCAGAUUCAAGCAAUUCUCCUGCCUCAGCCUCCCAAGUAGCUAGGAUUACAGGCAUCUGCCACCACGCCCAGCUAAUUUUUGGAUUUUUGGUAAAGACGGGGUUUCACCAGGAGAGACCAGGAGUGAGGCUGGUCUCUAACCCCUGACCUCAAGUGAUCCAUCUGCCUCAGCCUCCUAAAGUGCUGGAAUUACAGGUGUGAGCCACCGCGCCUGCCCCACAUUUCUUUAAGUCAAAGCCUAAUCCAGAGCCAGGCCCAACUCUUCAAUCGUGUGAAAGCUGAGAGAGGUGAGGAAGCCGCAGAAGAAAAGUUGGAAGCUAGCAGAGAUUGGUUCAUGAGACUCAAGGAAAGAAACUGUUUCUAUAACAAAAGUGCAUGGUGAGCAGCAAGGGCUGGUGGAGAAGUUGCGGCACAUUAUCCAGAAGAUCUAGCUAAGGUCACUGAUGAGAGUGGCUACACUAAACAACAGAUUUUCAAUGUAGACCAUAUAGCCUUCUGUUAGAAGAUGUCAUCUAGGCCGGGUGCAGUGGCUCGCGCCUGUAAUACCAGCACUUUGGGAGGCUAAGGUGGGUGGUUCAGCUGUCAGGAGUUUGAGACCAGCCUGGCCAUCAUAGUGAAGCCCUCUCUGUACUAAAAAUACAAACAAUUAGCUGGCGUGGUGGCGGGCACCUGUAAUCCCAGCUACUCGGGAGGCUGAGGCAGGAGAAUCACCUAAACCCAAGAGGCAGAGGUUGCAGUGAGCUGAGAUCACGCCAUUGCACUCCAGCCUGGGCAAUAAGAGCGAAACUCCAUCUCAAAGAAAAAAAAAAAAAAGAGGAAGAUGUCGUCUAGGACUUUCAUAGUUAGAGAAGAGAAGUCAAUGUCUGACUUCAGAGUUUCAGAGGACUCUCUUAAUGGGGUCUAAUGCAGCUGGUGACUGUAAGUUGAAGCCAAUACUCAUUGACCAUUCUGAAAAUCCUAAGGCCCUUAAGAAUUAUGCUAAAUCUACUCUGCCUGUGCUCUAGAAAUUAUACAACAAAGCCUAGAUGACUGAAAGAUUUCUUUCAAAAUAUUAUUGCUCAUUGACAAGGCACCUAGUUACCCAAGAAGUCUGAUAUAGAUGUACAAGGAUAUUAAUGUUUUCAUGCCUGCCAACACAACUUCCAUUCUGUACCUCAUGGGUCAAGGAGUAAUUUUGACUUUCAAGUCUUGUUAUUUAAGAAGUAGAUUUCAUAAGGCAAUAGCUGCCAUAGAUAGAGAUUCCUCUGAAGGAUCUGGGCAAAGUGAAUUGAAAACCUUCUGAAAAGAGUUCACCAUUCUAAAUGUCAUUAAGAACAUUCAUGAUUCAUGGGAGAAGGUCAAAAUAUAUUAACAGGAGUUUGAAAGAAGUGGAUUCCAACCCUCAUGGAUGACUUUGAGGGGUUCAGGACUUCAGUGGAGGAAGUAAGUAACUGCAGAUGUGGUGGAAAUAGCAAGAGAACUAGAUUUAGAAGUGGAGCCUGAGGAUGUGACUGAAUUGCUGCAAUCUCAUGAUCAAACUUCAAUGGAUGAGUAGUUGCUUUUUAUGGAUGAGCAAAAAAAAAAAAACAAAAAAAAAACGUAGUUUCUUGAGAUGGAACCUACUCCUGGUGAAAAUGCUGUGAGCGUUGCUGAAAUGACAACAAAGGAUUUAGAAUAUUACAUGAACUUAUUUGAUAAAACAGCAGCAGGGUUUGAGAGUAUUGACUCUAAUUUUGAAAGAAGUUCUACUGUGGGUAAAUACAAUCAAACAGAAUGGCCUGCUGUGGAGAAAUUUUUCACAAAAGAGAGUCAAUGCAGCAAACUUCAUUGUUAUCUUAUUUUAAGACAUUACCACAGCCACCUCAGUCUUCAGCAACCACUGAUAGAUCAGCAGCCAUCAACAUCAAGGCCAGACCUUCCAUUAUGACUCACUAAAGGCUCAGAUGAUUGUUAGCAUUUUUUAGCAAUAAAAUAUUUUAAUUAAGAUAUGUACAUUGAGUUUUUAGACAUAAUGCUAUUGCACACUUAACAGACUACAGUAUCAUGUAAACAUAACUUAAAUGUACUGGGAAACUAAAAUAUUUCUGUGACUCCCUUUAUUGCAAUAUUCACCUUAUUGCAGUGGUCUGGAACUGAACCCACAAUAUCUCCAAGGUAUGCCUGUUCUGGAAAGCUCUCCAAUUGCAUGUCUAGUAACAGCUCUAUACUCUGCCUAGUACCUCAUCUAUUGACUUGGAAUGAAAACAUUGCUGUCUUAAUGAAGAUUGUUGUGAGAA